AUGGACCCUAAGGAACAGCUAAUUAUGCUUACAUGGAAAUCGACUAGUUCUUGCUGGUUUGGAACCAAGUUAAGGCCGAAGGAUGCGCUCGCACAAGAUAUAGCCAGCCGUGCCCUGGCAAGUCUCUGUGCCCUUUACCAGGGGUUUUGUUGUCUAGUGCCAGUGCCCUUAGAUCAAGUUCCAUUCCAGCGAUUGGACCCUCUCAACCAUCCCGUGGGAAUUGGUGCCUUCCAGCGAUGGUACAAUCUUGGGAUAAAGCCUUUUUAUUUGAAGUCAGCUCCUUGGCCAGCUUUCGUAGCAGUAGUUAGCUCUUCCAUCCCCCCUGGGAGUUCUUUUACAGUUCCCAGCUAUCAAAUUGCAGUCCUCGCAACUCCAAUUGCGGAAGAAAGGGAUAGAGCAAAUGAGCCAGGCUAUGAAGAAUCACCAAAGCAAAAAGAAUAUCAUGUCAGUGUGCAAGGAAGAUGGCACAAGAGUAGAGAAUCCUACCGGGAAGAAAGACUGGGGUUUUUUCAUAGCCUACUUAGUGAAGUGCUAUCCAACACGCCUCUAAAUCAGGAGGUGCUUAGGAGAGGUACUACUAGUUACGAGACUGAACUGGAAGGGGAGGAGCGAAGCGUAGCAGCUUUACUCGCUUCCAAAGCUAACUAG